AUGGACGUGGAAGAUACUUGUACAUCUGUUAAUGUUUUAUUGCAAGAAGCAGAUGAGUCGUGUAUUCAGUCAUCAUCAGAAGGCCAAAUCAGCCUACUGGAUGUUACGUCCCCUCUUCAUCAUAAUAUUAAUCAGUCAGUUCAAAUUUCGGAAGUAGUGAAUCAUAGUGAAGGACUAAAGUUAGGAUGCAAAGAGAGAGUAAAAGAGGUGCCAGAUUGCGCUGAUUCUAAACUUUCCUUGUCAGUAAAUUCACAGUCAAAAUGUAGUACAUCCAAUUCGUUGCGAGCUGCUGGCAAAAGUCUAGGAGCUAUGCAUAGUCUGAUUACGUAUCAAAAAAGUGAUAUGAAAUGA